GAUACAUCCUCCUCCUCCUCCUCCUCCUCCUCCUCCUCCUCUCACCCUUCGUGUUGUGCUCGCACGGACAGACACCUUUCAGCAGGACCACCCCACGGAUCUUAAACCUUCUUGUAAACUCAUUCAUCAUGUCAGUGCAGCAGAACCUCAUCACCGCCGUGGCCAGCCCCGCCCCAGAGCCUCCCAGAAACAAGGUGACCGUGGUCGGAGUGGGCCAGGUCGGCAUGGCCUGUGCCGUCAGCAUCCUGCUGCAGGACCUUUGCGAUGAGAUGGCUCUGGUUGAUGUGAUGGAGGACCGCCUCAAAGGAGAGAUGAUGGACCUGCAGCAUGGCAGCCUUUUUCUGAAGACCCCCAAGAUUGUUUCAGAUAAAGACUAUGCUGUGACCGCCAACUCUCGUCUCGUAGUGGUGACGGCUGGUGUUCGCCAGCAGGAGGGCGAGAGCCGUCUCAACCUGGUGCAAAGAAACGUCAACGUCUUCAAGUGCAUCAUCCCACAGAUCAUGAAGUACAGCCCCAACUGCACCAUCAUUGUGGUGUCCAACCCUGUUGAUAUUUUGACCUAUGUAACCUGGAAACUGAGCGGCCUGCCCAAGCACCGCGUCAUUGGCAGCGGCACCAACCUGGACUCAGCCCGGUUCCGUCACAUGAUGGCUGAACGUCUCGGCAUCCACUCAAGCUCCUUCCAUGGCUGGGUUCUGGGCGAGCAUGGCGACACCAGUGUGCCUGUGUGGAGCGGCGCUAAUGUGGCAGGAGUCAAUCUACAGAAACUAAACCCAGACAUUGGCACUGAUGCUGACAAGGAACAGUGGAAGAAAGUGCACAAGGAUGUGGUGGACAGUGCUUAUGAAGUAAUCAGGCUGAAGGGUUAUACCAACUGGGCCAUCGGGAUGAGUGUGGCCAACCUGACUGAGAGCAUCCUGAAGAACCUGAGCAGGGUCCACCCUGUCUCCACCAUGGUCAAGAACAUGUACGGUAUCGGUGAGGAGGUCUUUCUGUCUCUGCCGUGUGUUCUGAACAGCAGUGGCGUCUGCUCUGUUGUCAACAUGACCCUGACUGCCGACGAGGUGGGCCAGUUGAAGAAGAGUGCUGACACACUGUGGGGGAUUCAGAAGGACCUGAAGGACCUGUGAUGAGAGAGUCCUGUCGCCCCGCUCUUUUUCUGCUCUUCUCUGACUGUACGGGUCUUUUUGAAGGAUCAUAUGAGUGUAUUUUAAAUCUGACCCUGCCAGUCAGCUGCUCCAUUCAGUCUAAAAGUCACUGAUAUAUUUCCUCUAAUAAGACCUGUUUAACCCCCCACCUUCUUUAGAACUUGUUUGUGUUAGCAGGUGGAAGUUGAUCUGUGCUUAGUUUCUGUUCCUGAUGAGCUCCUUCCUUUCUGCUCCAGUUUUUAUCUGUUCGAGGGAGCUGUCUGGUUUGAAAGAACCCUAAAAUUUGCAUUAGAUUGUACCUGACCUUCGUCUGUCUGUAACUUUACUGUCAACUCAGUGAAACGUGACAAUCAGCUUUGCUGGUAACAUCAACGUGUGGCUUUAAUAAAUCAUCAGAAAGA